GAACUUGAAUGCAUGCUGAAUUCACAAUUGUUGUAUAUAAUAACGGUUGUGCAAGUACUCAAGCUGUGUGAUGUGUGUUGAAAUACACUACAUAUAUAUAUAUAUAUACAGUUCAUAUCCGUCAGCAAAGACAAAAUCUUGGAAUGCAUUGCCUUUGUGCCGCAGAACAACGUACUACAGAAACAUUUCUAUCAGCCUAAAAAUUUAUGAAUGACUACGAGAAUGGGAGAAUGUGGACGAACGAAUGAGGACAACUGUGGCCGGAGGAUGAAUGUAAUUAUAAACAUAAAAAUUAGGUCAGAAGGUGGUUUGAGGAGAAGUCAUGGGAUGGUGUGGGUGGAUUUCAGCACGUAACGGAGCUUGCAUUCUUCGACGCUUGGCUUGGAGAUCCGAGACCCAGAUGUUGCUGCAGCCUUUCUCAUGUGAAGAGCUUCUUCAUCUUCCUCGUCUCUUUUUCAGAAGUUUUUCUAACAGCCAUGAUAGGACUAGGCUAAGAAUGGGCCCACACUGAUUCUGUGAGGAGGAGUUGAAGGGGAGGGAUCUGCAGUCUAAGGAACAAAGUCAAAUCAUCGACACCCCAUGAUACCAUAGACGAGACCCUGUGGCUUUGAUUUCAUGAACUCCGCGUGAAGCAUUUGAAUCCCAUAUGGGUCCUCACCACUAACCUUGAAGCCCUAAUUCCGUGAUUUCGAAGCAAAAAUACGAUACGAUCGGUGUGUGUGUGUUGGCCUUGGAACGCGUUCUGUGUGGUUUGGUGACUGCUAUUCCCGAGCGUUGGGCACAAGCCAGACCCGAGGAAUUUGGAGCAGGGUUGCGGAAUUUGAGAGUCGCGAGGACGAGAGGGCUCUGGGUGGCGCAACAUGGAAGGCGUGGGCGACGACGAAGGAGGGUUGGAGGAGUAUAUGUCGAAGCAGGAUCGGGACAUGCCAGGCACUUUCUUCGGCAUGACGUCGAUGGGCGACGAUCAGUACCUGAAACACAAUGCUCGGAAGCCAAUCUCGAAAGAAGUGCAUGAGUUUCCAGAGGAGAAUUUCUGGAGGGCGUUCAACCAGAUCGCAACCCUAAAUGGGAACCCUGAUUGCUGCAGGCGAGCCAAUUUGCCGAAGAUCUUCGCCCUUGCCAUCGGGAGGGAGUUGGAAGAGUAUGAGCUCCAGUUUGUUCUUCGGUUUGUAGACUUUGGAAACCCUCACAGACCAGGGAGAAUUGACAUCAACGAGUUCACAUGUGGAAUAAAACACAUGAUCAACAUGGCAAAGAAUAACUGCGCAAAGCCUAACUCAUCUUUUGUUGGAAACGGAAAAGCACUGGCUCCAUUACCACUUGAAAAUUCUUUUGCAAAUAUGCAAAAUAAUUUAAUAAAACAUUCUCGCAAAGAAAUGGGUCCCACUAAGGAAUUUCAAAAACCUAUGACUGAAAAUCAAGAAAUUGGAUGGAAACAAGAUUUGAAUACUAAAGGAGCACAAAUUAGAUCAAAAGAAUGGUUUGGUAGGAAACGAAGUGAUGUCACAUUUAAUGAAGGAGUUUGUCUUGAGAAUGCUUAUGGAGUGAUUUCGUGAAAUUUAAAGCAUUUAGAAGUUAAAAUUUUCAAUACAUACUUAAUAAAUAAAUACAAUUGACAGUCUAAUAUCAUUUAUUAACAUAUGUAAAUAUUUAGUUAUGUGUAACAAUUUGAAUUAUGAUUUUUAU